AUGCCACGUAAGCUACGUAAGAAUAUACGUAAGAGGAAGGGAGCAUUGAAACAUCCAAUAGUAAAACUGACACCACAACAACAGUUGCAACAACAAAUUAUGAAUGACCCCACUAUGUUGCAACAAAUGUCAAGCAACCCUAUGCUUUUAAACCGAGUUAUUGGUGCACAGAGUGGAGGUUUAAGAGCGGCACUUUUAGCGAAAAUGGCAGGCUAUGGUGGAGCUGCAGACGGAACAGCUUAUAACCCUCAAAGUCAAAUGAAUUUGAGUUCACUCAAAAAUCAAAUAACAGAUGUCAAAAAGUCAAACAUAGACAUACAGAAACAAAUAA